AUGCAAAAUCUAAGCGAGAAACUGGCGUUGUCCAAACUUCCGAUGAACAUAAUUGUUGCAAUCGAUUCGCGACGUGGAAUCGGUAAGAACGGCGAUCUUCCAUGGCAUAUUCCUGAAGAUCUUGAGUACUUUUAUACAAAAACCUUGGAAACUGCCGAUCCUACAAAGAGAAACGCUGUCUUGAUGGGUCGUAAAGUUUGGGAAAGUCUUCCGGCUGAAUGGUGUCCACUCAAAGAUCGUGUAAAUGUCGUUCUCAGCAGCACAAUGAAACAACCCGUCGAUAGGAGUUGCGUCGUUGCUCGUAGUUUUGAUGAUGCUCUAAGUAUAUUGAACAGAUUGGGAGACAGCAUCGAAACUAUUUGGAAUAUUGGAGGAAAUCAGCCGUAUCAAGAGGCUCUCAACUCAGAUCAGUUAUGUAAGCUUUAUGUGACGUUUAUUGAAGGCGAUUUUGAUGCGGAUACUUUCUUUCCUGAUGUCGACUUCGAGAAAUUCCAGAGAAAUGACAAUUCAACCACUGGAAAGGAGCACACCUACGAUGGUACCAAAUAUCGUUUCGAGGUGUUCUCCGUGUUACGUCAAUGA